UGGAAAACCAAUAAACGUAGUAACCCUUGGAAGAAAGGAAAGAAGUCAGAACGACCACCGAAAAAAAUGGAUUAGUUUUACGACAGCUCUCGCACGAGAAGCCAGGAAAGUAUUCAGUCAUAAAAUCGGAGUUAAGUUCAACAAGCGUUCGAUUUUGUCGAGUCAUGGAGUUACCAUCCAUGGUGGAGCGUUCAGGGGAUCGCCUGGUGGUUCGCAGUCUGGUUAAUGGAGCACCACUGUAUCAGACUGCCCUGAAAACCGGCCAGGAGUUGCCUUUGUUUCAAGGCUUGCAGCCACUGAUGGGUGCGGAAACGCUGGAGCGCCAACUGGAGCAAUACAGGAUGAGUAGUUUGAUGUUUCCGAUUGCUGUUCCUUCGGAACCAGCAGCGGCAGCCAAGGAAAAUGCGGAGAACUCGCCGCCGGAGGGUAAUGCCUCCACGAACGAGGAGGAGCUGCCCCAGUGCAAAAUCCGGCGGAACUACAGCUGCAACCAGUGCACCUUCUUCACCCAAAAUCCCCGUAGUCAUCUCUCCCAUCUGCGCGACGUCCACGGCGAGCGGAUUGUGAUCAACGAGUGCAAGUUGUGCCUCUACGCCUCGCGCCAUUUCCAGAAGCUGGUGCGGCACAUGAAAAUGGUGCACGGCUGCUCGGAUGAUGGUGGCGCCGUUUCGGGAUCCGGUGGCCAGAUGCGUGGCAAGCGGAAUCUCUCGAGGGAGGUGCGCAAGCGCCGGCUGGAGGAGAGCAUCGAGGUGCAGGCCACAAGUGGACCCAGCCUGACACCCAGCCUACUGAGGAUGCUCCAGAACGGGCCGCCGCUGGAGCAGCUCAAGGCCGAGCUGCAGCAGCAGGAGCAGCAGCUUAUGGCCAGUGUCCAGGCCUACAGCCGCCAGCAGGAGAUGAUGCAGCUGCAGCAGAUCGUCGAGGGCCACGACAACCUCUUCUCCAUGGCCUUUGAGUUCCAGACCAAGCUGAUGCCGCCCAAGCAGCCGGAGUCCCUGAAGCUCGACCAGAACAACAACAACAGCAGCUCCGACUCCGAGGAGGCCUCGAAGAGUCCCUCGCCGGAUUCCUUUGAGCUGCCGCCUGGCGUGGAGCAGUUCCAGUGCCAGAAGUGCUCCUACAGCACCCCGAUCCGAGCCAGAUUCAAGAAGCACGUCAAGUACCACUCCAUGCCGCUGAUCAAGUGCAGCUCGUGCGACUUCCAGACUCCCUACAAGUGGAAUCUGGACCGGCACACCAAGAACCACGGGGCCCACGGCCAUUUCAAGUGCACGGCCUGUGACUUCAGCACCGACAUCAAGCAAUCACUGACCAUCCACGAGCUGAACCACCAUGUGCCUACGGUGGGUCACCAGUUGGCCACCAGGCGUCGGGAGGACACAGAGGAUCAACUGGACCAGCAGCCGAGCGGAUCAAGGAAGGUGGAACCGGACAAGGCGGCGGCACCCCGGCCACCGGUCACAGCACCGGACUCGCCCGUCUCCGAGCUCCGGGCCAUCGUCUGCUCCCACUGUCAAAAGCGGGUGGGCAAUGCCAUCGAGUUGAUCAACCAUCUCCAGGUGUGCGCCCCCGCCUUGCGGAACACCUCGCAGCAUCUGCAGGCUGCUCUUAACGGGGAGGUGGAUCCGCCGGACGAGGAACUGCCCAAUGCUCCCACUGAUCUCAGCUAUUGCGGCGUGGAAAUGGCUCCUGGCUACGGAGAGGUCACUGAGAUUUUGCCGGAGGGAACAGAUGACUCGGCGCCGUUGAAGAAGGUGUUUAAGUGCCCACAUUGCACUUUUUGGGCAGCGACCCCCUCGCGUUUCCAUGUCCACAUCGUGGGUCAUCUGAAUAGAAAACCCUUCGAGUGCUCUUUAUGUGCCUAUCGCUCCAACUGGCGCUGGGACAUCACCAAGCACAUCCGCUUGAAGGCCAUCCGGGAUAGGUCACACAAUCAGGCCCAGGUGCUGAUGAACGAUGAGACCGGGAGACGCAACUAUGCCAAGUACAAUCAGUAUCUGACCAUGAUGAAGGUGACUGCUGAUCAGUUGGCCGACUCCAAGGGCAUGCGCACAGGUGAAAUGAUCGUGAUGCCGCCGGAAAAGCUGGUCGAGAACCAACCAAUGGAGACGGAGGAGACCAUGGCCGCAAGUGUGAUCCCCAUCGAAAUGUUGGACAGAGCUCCUUUGAGUUCAGCCCUAGACUUGAGCAAGCCCAAAGAGGAUUCAUCGACCGAGGAGUCUCCCCUGGAUUUGACCAAGCCAACAUCCUUGUCCGAACGCGGUGGUCUAUCAGACGAAGCGACAUCCAGCGAUGACUUUCAGGAGUCUACAGAAAGUGAUUAGGUUUCAGAAAUCGUUUACAUUUACUUACAGGUUUGGGUACGCAACUACUUCAAUGAUUUUAUACUAACGCCAAAUUAAAUAAACCCUAAAACCGCGA